AUGGACCAAGAUUGGGUCCCUGCGCUCCCUCCUGGUUACAACGACACCAACCGGGCCUUUCUCCAGGCCUUCAUGGCCCGGGGGACCUUGAGUCUCAGCGAAGGCCAGAAGCUGAUCGCGGCCAUCCAGUCGGCCUCGACCGGCGAGCACAUCUCCCCGUCAGACAUCACCCGCGAUGUCUUUCAGCAUUAUAUCCAUGCCGCCCGCCAGGCCAUCGAGCCGCUCGAUUUUGACAUCCGCAACACUCGUGACCAGCUCAGCGGAGAACGUAUCUGGGCCUUCGUCAACGCCCACAGCGACCCUCCGACACAGCUGAGCACGGUGCACACGGCCGACGAAGUGGCAUACAUCAAGAGGCUGCUAGACGCGAUGUUCGAUAAGCACAAUACUCCGCGCAUAGAGUUGAUGGCCAUCGACGAAGCAGAGGCGCUGCGCUUGUCAAGGCCACCAGCGCAGUCGAGACAGAGCGGCGUUGGUGCUGGCGGAGACAGCGACAACUUAGAGGUUUUUGGCCCCAAGGUCCAGCCGCUAAAGCACUCCGAAGUGCUGUCCCUCCUCUCGAGCUUGGUGCAAGAGGGUUGGUUGCAACUAAGCCCGAACGGGUUCUACAGUUUAACGACGCGGGCGCUGCUGGAGCUAUGGCAGUGGCUUGUAGAGGCAUACAAUGAUCCAGAGCCUGAGGACAACGCGUGGCAGCCCAUAAAGUUUUGCGAGGGCUGUAAAGAAAUUGUCACAUACGGCCAGCGCUGCGACGAGCCUGACUGUCUUGUGCGGCUGCACGACCAUUGCAGCGAGGGCUUCUGGCGCACGCGACCCGAUCGCCGUUGCCCUAAGUGCAACAGGGAGUGGUCGGGGAAUCAUUACGUUGGCGAACGUGCCCUCACGACCAGGGCAGGAUGGCAGAGAGGCAGACAGAGGGGAGGCAGGAGGAGUGAACCACAGGCUGAGGAUGAGGACGAGGAAUAA